AUGGAUCCUUCGCCAUUGCUGUUUAGCCAUCUCAAGGGUGCAGACCCGUUCUUCCUGCUAGCGGGACCUAAUGUGAUUGAAUCAGAGGAGCACAUUCUGCGGAUGGCUAAGCACAUCAAGAGCAUUUCAUCUGAGGUUGGAAUACCUUUGGUUUUCAAGUCAAGCUUUGACAAAGCUAACCGAACAUCAUCAAAAUCAUUUCGUGGCCCAGGGAUGGUUGAGGGAUUGAAGAUACUCGAGAAGGUUAAAAUAGCUUAUGACAUCCCUAUAGUGACAGAUGUGCAUGAGACCAUCCAGUGUGAAGCAGUUGCCAGAGUUGCAGAUAUCAUUCAGAUUCCAGCAUUCUUGUGUCGCCAAACAGAUCUUCUAGUUGCGGCAGCCAAAACUGGGAAAAUUGUCAACAUUAAGAAGGGCCAGUUCUGUGCUCCUUCUGUCAUGGCAAAUUCAGCUGAAAAGGUUCGGUUAGCUGGAAAUCCUAAUGUCAUGGUUUGUGAGAGAGGAACAAUGUUUGGAUACAAUGAUUUGAUUGUUGAUCCACGUAACUUGGAGUGGAUGAGAGAAGCCAAUUGUCCCAUUGUGGCUGAUAUAACACAUUCACUACAACAGCCUGCUGGAAGGAAGUUGGAUGGGGGAGGUGUAGCAAGUGGAGGUCUUCGAGAACUAAUACCUUGCAUUGCAAGGACAGCAGUUGCCGUUGGAGUGGAUGGGAUCUUCAUGGAGGUGCAUGAUGAUCCACUGAAUGCUCCUGUUGAUGGACCAACACAGUGGCCUUUGCGCCAUUUGAAGGAACUACUUGAAGAGCUUGUAGCUAUUGCUAAGGUAAGCAAAGGGAAGCAACGGUUCAACAUUGAUCUCACGCCAUUACGUGAAUAA